AUGAAAUUAUCCCGGCACAAGAGCUUCCGGCGCCAACUGAAUUCAGCAGAUUAUGAGAAUGAGAGACUGGGCCGAGCAGAAGCAGAGAUGAGUAGAGGAGACCCACGAUGGUCAAUAUGGGCCACAACCAAAAUAGAUACGAUGAAGCUCGGAGAGAGACUAGCGAGCUCUCAAGCAAAACCGCAAAGGAAGGAACCGCCCUCUGCGGAAAGGAGAGAAGAUGAGAUGGUAAACCUAGAUCCAAAAUCGUCCGGCGGGUCAGGCGGAUCUGGUGGGUCGGGAGGGUUGGAGAAGUUCACCGACGAAGACCGAGAGUUGAGCCGGCGGAGGAGAGGCCGUCUUCACUGGAUCUAG